UCCAAGCUCACUGCCUGCAGCUCCUGGACACCUGUUACCAUGUGGUUCCUGAUCCUGUUCCUAGCCCUGUCCCUAGGAGGGAUUGAUGCUGCACCUCCUGUCCAGUCUCGGGUGGUUGGAGGAUAUAACUGUGAGAAGAAUUCGCAACCCUGGCAUGUGGCUGUGUACCGCUAUGACGAAUAUUUAUGUGGUGGUGUCCUGAUUGACCCCAACUGGGUUCUCACAGCUGCCCACUGCUAUGACACCAGCCAGUAUAAUGUUUGGCUGGGCAAAAACAUGCUAUUCCAAGAUGAACCCUCUGCGCAGCACCGAUUGGUCAGCAAAAGUUUCCCUCACCCUGGCUUCAACCUGAGUCUCCUGAUGCUCCAAACCUUACCUCCUGGGGCUGACCUCAGCAAUGACCUGAUGCUGCUCCGUCUCAGCAAGCCAGCUGACAUCACAGAUGUUGUGAAGCCCAUGGAACUUCCCACUAAGGAGCCCAAGAUUAGGAGCACAUGCCUAGCCUCAGGCUGGGGCAGCACUACACCCAUCAAGUUACAAUAUCCAAACGACCUCCAGUGUGUGAACCUCAAGCUCCUGCCUAAUGAGGACUGUGUCAAAGCCCUCAAAUACAAAGUGACAGAUGUCAUGCUGUGUGCAGGAGAGAUGGAUGGAGGCAAAGACACUUGUGCGGGUGACUCAGGAGGCCCACUGAUCUGUGAUGGUGUUCUCCAAGGUAUCACAUCGUGGGGUGGUAACCCAUGUGGUGAACCCAAUACUCCUGGCAUCUACACCAAACUUAUUAAGUUCACCUCCUGGAUAAAAGACACUAUGGAAAAAAAACCCUGA